AUGGGAUUAUUCAACUUUGCUCUGGGAAGAAACAUCACCUUUGUGCAUCCACCUUAUUUCAUAAUAAGUGGUUUUUCUGGCAUAUCUCAUAUCAGCUAUUACUAUGUCUUUCUCUUUUUUGUUUAUAUUGUGUCAGUGUUGGGAAACACAGCUGUGAUGGCUGUAAUAUUAUUGGACAAAAAUCUAAGAACUCCAAAAUAUGUUGCAGUUUUUAAUCUUGCAUGGACAGACCUGCUUGGUAGCACUGCUCAGGUACCAAAGGUUCUUGACAUCUUUGUGUUUAAUCACCGCCUCAUCUCCUACAAUGACUGCAUGACAUUUCUUUUUUUCUGCUACACGUGUCUUUCUAUGCAGGCUCUUAAUCUGGUUGUUCUCUCCUAUUACAGACUGGUAGCGAUCACCUUCCCACUGCACUAUCACAUGAAGGUCACACACAGGUUUAUAUUUUCUUUGAUUGGCUUUUUCUGGGUUUUCACAGUAAUUGUAACACUCAUUGCAGUGGGUCUUCUCACGAGACUUUCCAUCUGUAAGUCAGUGAUUAUUAACAGUUAUUUCUGUGAUCAUGGAAAAAUAUACAAGCUGGCCUGUAACGACAACACCCCAAGCUUUGUCAUUGGUGAGCUUUCAACCAUUCUUAUUCUUUGGUUUCCACUUAUAUUUAUCUUGAUAAGUUACACAUAUAUCACAUAUACCUCUUUGACUAAAAUGGCUUCAGUUCGGGAAAGAGUAAAAGCUUUUAAAACCUGCAGUGGUCAUCUUUCACUGGUUGCAAUCUAUUUCCUCCCAAUUUUAAUAACCUUCACCUUCAAUAAAUACAUACCUAUAAAUAACAGAAUUAUUAACUUGUCUCUGAGCUCUGUCAUUCCACCCAUGUUAAACCCAUUUAUUUAUGUUCUACAAACACAAGAAAUCAAACAAUCUGUGAAAACAUUGUUAAAAUCAAAUGGUUUUAAUAUUCAUCAUCAUUGA